CGUUUGCGACGCAUUGUGGAACGCCCUUUACCGCUUACAGCGAUCGGUGUGGUAAAGGCCUUGAACAUUUGCAUCUCACGCUGCGCACCUCGAACGAUCCUCACCUCCAUUUUGAACGGAGACGAGGUCACGGGAGGUUACGCUGGUAUCAACAAACGCGACUGCGAGCGACUCUCUCUCUUCGGCCGUUGACGGAUCGUACAAGGGGGCGAAGUGAAACGGAACAACUUCUUGUUCGCGUCAACUUCCGGCUUCGGCCGCCGCGCUAUAGUCGAAGCGUACGAGCGCGCCCGGUGCCUGCAAGCGUGCAUAUAUGUAUGUCGUUGGCAGCAGCGCCUAACGUCGACGUCUGUCAAUUUAUCGACUACCGCGAGUUCCUCGUCCCCACACGUCCGUGCAGUCUUCUAGUCAGACGCGCCGUGUGCAGACGACGGAGAUGCAGCGGCAGUGCAAAGCAACCACCACUGCCAACGAUGCCUCGAAGAAUCAAACUCCACCGACGCUCCUCUCGAGCCUUCGGAGCGUGCUCUUCGUUAUCGGGACUGUGGUAAUCGGAUUCGCCGCUUUCUGCAAUUCCCUGACGUGGCAUUUGCAGAGAUUCUGGGGGGCAUCUGGUGACUUCUGGCAAGCCCAGUGGGACAAGAUCCUGGACAGAUUUGGAGAUGACCCCGUUACUCUGUGGGUUUACGGAUCCUUGUUGCUGAUGAUAGUCGUCUACUGGAUGGUCGGCGGGAUCUACACUAUCUUGGACAUCACCAAUCGGCCGGCGGCACUGCGCAGAUACAAGAUACAACCGGGCACGAACGAGCCGGUCGACAAGAGGAAGUUAUGCAAAGUGAUCGGUCAAGUGCUAUUCAAUCAGAUCAUUGUCGGGUUUCCCGUUAUCUAUCUGAGUUAUUACAUCAUGGAAUGGCGCGGUUUCCCCCCGGUGCGCGAGCUGCCGACCUUCCACUGGGUGCUCGCCGAGAUCGCGAUUCACAUAUUAUGCGAGGAGAUUGGCUUUUAUUACUCGCACAGAUUCCUCCACAAGGGCACCCUGUACAAGUACAUACACAAGCAGCAUCACGAAUGGACCGCGCCCGUGGCCGUCACUGCGAUGUAUUGCCAUCCUUUGGAGAACAUCGGCUCGAACCUGCUGCCGCCCUUCCUCGGCGUGUUCCUUAUGGGCUCUCACGUGGCCACCGCCUGGCUUUGGUUCUCCCUCGCGAUCCUGUCGACGCUGAAUGCACACUCCGGCUAUCACCUACCAUUUUUCCCGUCGCCGGAGGCACACGACUUCCAUCAUCUCAAGUUCAAUCAGUGCUACGGCGUACUCGGAGUUCUGGACCGCAUCCACGGCACCGACACGCAGUUCCGCAACUCGCGGAACUACGCGCGUCACGUGAUGAUGCUCAGCCUCGCGCCGGCAAGGGAGAUUUUCCCGGACGAAGCGAAGUACAAAUCGAAGUAGAGGAGCCGCUCGGGGUGGCCCGCGCUAAAGUCUCCGAGGGAACUUCCAAAAAGGGAAUUUUUCCGUGAGGUGCAAUAUAAUAAUCCCGCAUUUUACUGACCGAGUUGGGAAACGGCGGAUCGAGAGUGUAAUCGAUUUCAUCCGGUCUGAUGUAUCGCAUAACCGGCGAACUUCUCCGACAAGACCGGAUAAAUUUCAGAGGAUGCGCGAUCUUCAUUUGCACGCCACUCGUCUGACCGGUGAUCAGUUCUGUUUUUCUUUCCUUUCCAUAAUAUUUAAAUAUGCUUUUUGCAUCUGCCUUUGUCUCAGAGGCUCUCCUUCUUUCCCUCGUUCGUCUUCGAUCGCUCUAUAAUCUGUCGAAAAUUUCAUGUACAUCCUGAUUUUUCAUGAAUUUGUUAUUUCAAAGUACAUGUCGCGAGGAAGUCUUCGACUUUUUACCGGUUAGACGACUGCCACGCAGGUAACUCUUUACUAUCCGCUCACUGACCUGGUGUGAUAACGACUGUAUAUAUACAAAUGCUAUUGUAAGGUUGGACUGAAUAGAGAAAGUAUCGGGAAAGUGCCGGAGGGAAAUUCGUAAAAAUUGAUAACAGACCGAGUGCCUUAUAUUUUACUUGGGAUGCAACAGAAUGAGAUUCUCAUUAUUCGCCUGUAUUCGCCGAUAUUUAGUAACGAGCGUCCCCUUCCUUCCUUUUUUUUUUUCUAGCCCUUACCGGGAGUCAAUUCACGUUCUUCUUGUUUCUCCAUCGUGUACAUUCCAUUCGCUCGCUCGAGUGUGUACAAAUUCUUCUAAAUUCCAACGAUAAAGUACAUCCUCGAAAUUGUACACAUGUACGCGACAAAAAAAAAUGUAACGUCCUCCGAUAAUUAUUUCUCGUAUUUUUCUUUCAGUUCAAUCUUGAUUCACACAUUUUUUCUAUAAUAUUUUUAGCAUCGAUGUUAAAAAGUGAUAUGUAUUUAAGCUGUACAUUCAUGCACAAGUCCUUACGUUAAAUCUCUGAUAGACUGGUAUUAAUGUGUUAUAUACGAAUUUAUAAGGUGCACAUACACACGCGCGCACGCACACAUAUGUCACGCGCGCAUACACACACACACACACACAAAUAAUCCUGAAGCUUCUUCAACGUAGUCGAGACAGGUCUGUAGAUAUUAAUUUACUUUUCUAACGCAAAAUGGAAAUAAAAAAUGGAAAUAUGAUAUUUUUAUCACCACGCAUGUGGAAAUGCCGUAAUUAUAUUCAUGUUUUAACAUUAUUCGGGGAUUGAAUCACCGUCACGAUGCUUUCGAGUAUACUGAUUUCGCAACGGUAAUCUCAGAUUGAAUAGAGAGCGUCAAAAAAAGAUCACUAUUUUUAUAUUUAGUUUCAGGUGACGACGAUACUUUUAGCGCAAGCGAUAACUUGACUUGGUUCGGGAACUAAAAAAAGUAACUGUACUUUUUUUCUAGAAUAAGUACAAUCUCUCAUUAGAAGGAGAACGUUAUUAUUAGAAUUAGAACAGAACGUUAGCAAUCACGAGUAUCUCGAAGAAAAAAAUUUAAACCGAUUGCGUAGAGAUAGACGCGUAUUAACAUUAAUAACUCGCGCGAUAUAUAUGUAUAAAACAUAACGAUGAUUUAUUGAUGAAGCUUUCAUAGCUUGGUAAUAAUAAUAGUAAUAUUAAUAAUAAUAUGUAGUAGGAUUAAUAAUAAUAAUAAUAUAUUAUUGGUAUUGAUUUGAGCAUCUUUAUCGUGAGGACAUGUUAUUCACCAAAGACGCAUGGCAGUUUCGACAUUUCGAUCAGCACAUCGCGCUAAUAUCCUGUGAAACUCUCACACCGCUACUGUUAUUAGCGCAACGUUCAAUAGAUUAAUGAUAUCUCAUAUAAUAAAGCAUAUGACAAAGUUA